UCUCUCUGCUGGCAGCUCAAUCGACUCCCACAUGUUUAGUGGCAAGUACCUUCAAAUCCGAAUUAAAUGUUCUCCAUGUUUCUCACGAAAUGAUAUAAACACAUUUCUUACUGAGUGUUGUGAGUUCAAUCAAAAAUCAGUUGUCGCCUAGCUAAGUUAUUAGUUUUGACCAAUUACUGUUGAAAUCGUUUUUGGUGCUUGUUUGAUCGUUAUUUUAUUUUCCAUCCUGUAGUUGUCACUUCUUGCUUAAUUAACGCUGUUAAGAAUAGCGGAGGACGCAGUCAAUCCAGUACAGGUGAAAAUCAAACCUUCCACAGACAGAGGUAGGUAACCUACUGACUGGUACAGCCUGUCGGUCGGACUCGUUUGGAGUGUGACAUGCGCACAUGAGACCAGCAGCAGCAGCAGCACCAGUAACCUGCCGUCCGAAACCAACACGCCGUGAAGACAGAGACCGCGAGACACCUCUGCAGCCACGGGGAUGUAACCGAUAGAGACGGGCUCGGGCCUAUCAGCCGGGCGGAGAAUGCCGCAGCAAGUGAACACAUCAUCGGCGGUGGAUCACGAUUGUGACCCGUUCGCUCUCAGAUCUGUCUCGCGCUUCACCACAGAGUCGUGAUUGUUGUGUUCGUGCUUUUGUUUUAUUUCCAAGAGGAUCGGAAGAAUAUCGCCCUGGAAGCAUGCCACUUCCUUCCCACAGCUUCCAGUCCAACGGUACUCUCUCUGAAACAAGCAUGGGUUCCUUUAAGAGGAGAAAAAGGAAAUCCAUCAUCGUGACGGUGAUGCUGCUCAUUGUUUCUGUUCUCAUUCUCAUCUUUGGCCUGGCAGCGACCACCAGGACACAGAACAUCACCGUGGGAGGCUACUACCCCGGACUCAUUCUGGGCUUUGGAUCUUUCCUGGGAAUUAUUGGCGCUCAUUUGAUAGAAAACAAGAGGCAGAUGCUAGUGGCAUCUAUUGUCUUUAUCAGCUUUGGCGUGGUGGCGGCCUUCUGCUGCGCUAUUGUUGAUGGGGUUUUUGCUGCAAGGCACAUUGACCUCAGGCCCGUGUACGCUGGUCGCUGCGACUAUCACUCCAGUGAAAGUGCAUCUGACCUAGACGUGGUGUGUCAGACGUCGCGCUCCUCCUGUAACCUGCAUGUGAAGAGCAGCACCUGCUACUGCUGCGAACUCUUCAACUGCGGGAAAGAACAUCCUCUUAUGGGACUUCAGAAUAAAGAUGUUUUGAAAAAGUUUAGGAAAUCAUCCAUGAUUUGGAAGCCUAGCCGAGCUGAGGUGAUGGGAGGCUACCAUGAAUACACAGAUGUGAAAAGCUGCCAGGACGUGGUGCACCUUUACCACCUGCUGUGGUCCGCUACCAUCCUCAACGUCGUGGCCCUCUUUCUGGGCAUCAUUACUGCUGCUGUCCUUGGAGGCUUCAAGGACAUGACGCCCUCUCCUGCAUCAGAGAACACAUCUGAACCAGAGGCCAUGGCUGCUCCAGUCCACUCGAUGCUUCCUCCACCCACCACUUCGCUCAACUCCUACCACAAUGCUGCCCCCUGCCUGCCACCUUACACUGCAUAUGACCUGCAGGGCUCUUACAUGUUCCCAGAUUCUUCGGGUCUCUCGGAUGACUCCCAGUCUGGAGCCAGCCACUUAUGGCCCACCAUGAUUCCCCCUCGCUACUCUCCUCCUCAUGACCACCCGGAUGAAAAACCCCCACCAUACAGCCCAUAAGACGGCUAAGAGAGACGAGGACAACACCUGGGACGUUAUCAGGUGCUGGAUGUCACUGAGGGAGAGGUUCCCUCAGCCUCUGUGGGCUUUUCUUCACAACCAUACAGAGGGAUGCUGAAGAAAAGUAACUGAGGAAGAGGAGUGUGGCUAAAGCAGUCCGAUUCAGGGAGCGAGGGCUUCCUGGGCACCACUCACAUACACCUGUGGAGAGACAACCUGCUCAGCAUCAGGAUUGUUUACACAUGAAUCUGCCUUAAUGCAUCACUCAUUCACUUAGACUUAACUCUGUACGGAAACUCUCCUGCAGCUCAUUCGUUACAUUUCAUGGAACCGGGAAACGUUUCAAGCUACAAGUGGAACAGAAGACCCUUUCCUCUCUGAAUACGCAGAACAACUUAUAUAAAGUUAAAGCUUUGCCUAACCAGUCAUUUCUUUAGCAGAUUAGUGCUGCAGAACAUGAUUAAAGGGACACUAGCUGUACUUGUAGCUCUCCGCAUCUGUGCAGCAGUAUGUUAUAGUUAGGCCCAAGUGGAAAACAAAACUAGAUCAUUAAUAUUCGUUUAUUCUAAGGUGGGCAUAGCUGGUCAGGAGAAACAAACUUUUGUACCUACAGAAGUUCCUGAAGAGUUUUAAACUGUUUCCACGGCAACACCCAUGUUGUCAGUAUUGCUUCUAAGAGCUGAAAUGUGUCAUCUCUGACAGGAACAAGCACCUUUUCAUUUCAGCACCUCCGUCAUUGUGUUGUUGAAGCCUGUUUUCUGGGAUGUUAGCCCAGAACCAGUUCUCUGGUUUUACCGUGAUUGUGUUUAGGGAAUGAAACCACCCCGUCUGAUGGUCCCGCGACUUUGAACCUAAUAUUAUGGUUUCAGGUGGAAAAGAGUUAAGCUAACCUUUUAAAUGAGUCAUGACGCACAGCUGCCUGGUUUGUGUUCCGUGCAGUAAAUCAGAGGGCUCUGCCUUACAUUUAGUGUGUUCAGACUUUUUCAAUAAGGACUGAUAAGUCAGAGUGUUUAGGGGAACCUUUGAGAAAACGGAAAGUACACACCCAGAUAAAGUUAACUGGACCAAAAAGGAUGGACAUGUUCAAGGCUAGAAGAGCCUUCGGUGCUUUAGUCCCACUGAAUUCAUGCAAAUGGAAGUUUUAUUGCCUUCAUGAGUAAAUAAAAUAAGUGUUUAUGUAAUGGUAGGAGAUGUGUUCAAAUGCUACGAUAAUUUAUUUGCUGGCAUUUAUGAAAAAUAAAUGGACUUUGAUUUGGUUUAAUGCUGAAACACACCAAAUAAAUGAGUGUCACGUG